UUUGCAUAUAAUUUCGAUUUAUUUUUAUAAUAUUUAAACUUUAUUAUUUCCCUUACAAUGGUUAAACGAGUGUUAAAACAUGCCACUUUAUUGACCUCACUCAGCUAUUGCCACUACAGUGAAGUUGGAAUUGUUGAAACCAUGAAUAGGAUUUUAACUUUGAGUGAGUUAGAUGUAAGUUAAAGCUAAAGAACACAAAACUUCAAAAAUUUACAUAGCGAAAUUAGGGUAUACUAUAAACUGAAGGAUUAUCAACUGUGUUCUGUUACCAAAGUAUGACUGCUAUUACAUCAAGACCAUCUGCAUUUGGAGAAAAUGGUCUGUCAGAACCUGAUCAAGAUGCAAACUCUACACUUACUGAACUAGACAAAGGACUAAGAUCAGGAAAAAUUGGAGAGCAGUGUGAAGCCAUUGUUCGUUUUCCAAGACUUUUUGAAAAAUAUCCUUUCCCAAUUCUCAUCAAUUCAGCAUGUUUAAAAUUAGGAGAAGUAUUUCGAGUUGGGACAAAUUUUCUUCGAGUGUUAGUAUUGAAGGUAAUGCAGCAGAGUGAAAAGCACUUGGAUAAGAUUCUUAAUGUGGAUGAAUUUGUUCGAAGGAUCUAUUGUGUCAUCUAUAGCAAUGAUCCUAUGGCUCGGGCAUUAACAUUGAGGACCCUUGGAAGUAUAGCAGCCAUUGUUGCAGAAAGGAAGAAUGUUCAUCACAGCAUCCGAACCAGUUUAGAUUCACAUGACCUUGUGGAGCUGGAAGCAGCUAUAUAUGCAGCUGGUUGUUUAGCUGCUCAGUCCAAGACUUUUGCUUCGAACAUCUGUACAAAAAUUGGAGAAAUGAUUCAAGGACUUGCUACUCCCGUUAAUGUAAAGUUAAAAUUGUUAGCAGUUUUUCAGAAUAUGCACCAAGAUGGUCAGACUGCUGCCAUAGUUCGUAAGCUCUGCGUAGACCUUCUUCCCAGCUACCCAUCACAACAGUUUACAGUGGUUACCUUGCACACCCUCACGCAGUUGGCCAGUGUCUUACUUGCUGAUAUUCCAGAUCAGGUGAAUCUGUUAUUAAAUUACUUAAAGAAAGAUCCAAGAGGUGGUGUGAAAAUUCAUGCUUUGAAAGAUCUUAAACUGUUAGCAGAGAAGGGACCUCAUUUGUGGAGCAGGCAGAAUGUUGAGGACAUGGUGACGUAUAGUCUUGGAACCCCUUACCUUAAUUUGAGAUGUGAAGCCUUACCGGUUCUGUUAAUGCUGGCUAAGUCAGUAGCAGUGGACAAGUUUGACUUGUAUAAAGGUUGUAAGGUGUUACAACUAUGUAGUGAAUGUGCUUUCCAUUCCAACAUUAUACUGGCUUCCUUGAGUGUAGAACUGCUUACCCAGUUUGCCAUCCAUGCUCAUAAAGGUAUGAAAAACACACAUUUUCUAUUGUUUUUAUUGAACUUUUUAGUUACCAAGGUCAAGAAUUUUGCAAAAUUGCAAUAG